AUUAAUUAAUCUUAUCCCCUUAUUGGACGCAAAUUUGAAGGAACAGACUGAGUAAGGAAUCCAAGUUUACUUAUCCCUGCACCCCAAGAUAGGAAACACACAAACAAUUAGGAGACUGCCACUUUCCAGGGACAGCUUUCUCUCUGGUCAAAAGCUCAAAAGGCAAGGUACAAUACACCAACUCAGGAAUAAGGAACUGGGGAUUUACAUCCUCAAAAAGAGGAUAUGAGCCACCCCAGAUAAUAUCCCCAGACCCCAAUAAGAUGUCCUGGCAUUGUUCUGGCCCCCGUUACACUUUGGGGCGCAAGACACUCUCAGGUGUGCUGCCUUCGUCCCACUACAAAGAAGAAACUGGGGUGUGUGCACCCUAAAAUAGACUUGGGCCAUUGUGUAUCUUAAAGGUAAAGGGAUCCCUGACCAUUAGGUCCAGUUGCGGACGACUCUGGGGUUGCGGCGCUCAUCUCGCUUUAUUGGCCGAGGGAGCCAGCGUACAGCUUCCGGGUCAUGUGGCCAGCAUGACUAAGCCGCUUCUGGCGAACCAGAGCAGUGCACGGAAACGCUGUUUACCUUCCCGCCGGAGUGGUACCUAUUUAUCUACUUGCACUUUGACGUGCUUUCGAACCGCUAGGUUGGCAGGAGUAGGGACCGAGCAACGGGAGCUCAUCCAGUUGCGGGGAUUCGAACCGCCGACCUUCUGAUCAGCAAGUCCUAGGCUUUGUGGUUUAACCCACAGCGCCACCUGAGUCCCUUCUGUGUAUCUUACAUUAGCACAAUUGGGGAACUAAGCUCGCCAACCGAACAAACACACACGCCAUGAGAUGCCGUAGCAUCUUUGGGCAAAACGUCGGGUAUACCAAAUCAGACCACUGGCUCAUCUGGCUCAGGCGUGUCUACAGCGGCCUUCCCCAACCUGGUGCCCCCUGGACGUUUUAGCGCACAACUCCCACCCGCCCCAGACUGAGGAAGGCUGCCCUACACUGACUGGCAGCAGCACUCCAGCAUCUCAGAUAGAAGGCUUUUAGAAGACAUCUGAAGGCAGCCCUGUUUAGGGAAGCUUUUAAUGUCUAAUAGGUUACUGUAUUUUAAUUUUCUGUUGGGAGCCGCCCAGAGCGGCUGGGGAAACCCAGCCAGAUGGGCAGGGUAUAAAUAUAUUAUUAUUAUUAUUAUUAGGCGACCCCAUACGAAAGCCCCGAAGCCCACAGUAUCCCGGGGUUAGCAUGCUAAAUCUGGGAGCGUACGGAACAGAAGACAUGGGAUCUCCCCCAACCCCACCUUCCCCAGGCAGCCUUGAGCCCCGGCACCCAGUGGCGUAGCGUGGGGGGUGCAGGGGGGGCCGGCCGCACCGGGCGCAACAUCUGGGGGCGCAAAUCCACUGGUUAUGGGGCGCAAAUCCAUGGGUUAGGGGGCGCAAAUUACUUGCCUUGCCCCGGGUGCUGACAACCCACGCUACGCCACUGCCGGCACCUCUCCUUUCUGGAAAUCAAGCCGCAAAUCCGGACGGGGUGGCGUUCCUGAGCGUGUGCAGAGCGCCUCUCAGCACUGACCUGUGACCGGGGUCUCGCCCGACGCCUCUGCGCGCAAAGGCGAGCAGCAGUUCACUCCGAUCGCAAGGAAGCCCGGGGUUGAUCUCCUCCUGCUCUCUGGACUCUGGGAAAAGAUCCUCCCACCCCGAAGGGAGCGCGUCGCUCAGCGCCUCCCUCCGCGCACCGGAUUUCCUGGUUCUUUUCGCAGCCUUUGGCGCUCUCCAUUGAGGGGGAGCCGAGAGCCAGAGGAGUUGGAAGGGAUCUCCUACGGUCAUCUAGUCCAACCCCCCCUGCGAUGCAGGAGGAGGAGCACGGCUGGCCCGGCCCGCGAAUGCCUGCGAUUGGGCAGCACCGGACCCCGUCUCCCUCCCCGCCCCCAAAAUGGAAGGUGGCAGCGGCUGCGGUCGCUGGGUCUCGCUUUGCAUCUUUUGGGGAGGCAGAGGAAAGAAAGGGCGGCUUCUUUGCGCAGCGCCCGGGAAAUCCCGGACACGUCCUCUUUUGGGGGGACUAGUGCCGGAUUUACGUGCAAGCUAAACAAGCCCUAGCUUAGGUCUCCACUCUCUUGGGGGCCCUCCAAAAAAAUUAAAGAAAAAAACCUGGAUGUACAUUUCCAAAAUAUAAGAUAUAAAAACUACAUACAGCAACAAUGUUUUGUGUUGUGUGUGGGCCUAUUACGUCCACAAAUUGUGUUGUUGUUGUUGCUGAGUCGUUUAGUCGUGUCCGACUCUUUGUGACCCCCUGGACCAGAGCACGCCAGGCCCUCCCGUCUUCCACUGCCUCCCGCAGUUUGGUCAAACUCAUGUUCAUAGCUUCGAGAACACUGUCCCACCGUCUCGUCCUCUGCUGUCCACUUCUCCUUGUGCCCUCCAUCUUUCCCAACAUCAGGGUCUUUUCCAGGGAGUCUUCUCUUCUCAUGAGGUGGCCAAAGUCUCAGAGCCUCAGCUUCAGGAUCUGUCCUUCCAGUGAGCACUCAGGGCUGAUUUCCUUAAGAAUCUUUGAUCGUCUUGCAGUCCAUGGGACUCUCAAGAGUCUCCUCCAGCACCAGAAUUCAAAAGCGUCCAUUCUUCUGCGAUCAGCCUUCUUUAUGGUCCAGCUCUCACUUCCAUACAUCACUAUUGGGAAAACCAUAGCUUGAACUAUACGGACCUUUGUCGGCAAGGUGAUGUCUCUGCUUUUUAAGAUGCUUUCUAGGUUUGUCAUUGCUUUUCUCCCAAGAAGCAGGCGUCUCUUAAUUUCGUGGCUGCUGUCACCAUCUGCAGUGAUCAUGGAGCCCAAGAAAGUAAAAUCUCUCACUGCCUCCAUUUCUUCCCCUUCUAUUUGCCAGGAGGUGACGGGCCCAGUGGCCACGAUCUUCGUUUUUUUGAUAUUGAGCUUCAGACCAUAAUUUGCGCUCUCCUCUUUCACCCUCAUUAAAUUCCUCCUCACUUUCACCCUCAUUAAAUUCCUCCUCACUUUCUGCCAUCAAGGUUGUGUCAUCUGCAUAUCUGAGGUUGUUGAUAUUUCUUCGGCAAUCUUAAUUCCGGCUAGGGAUUCAUCCAGCCCAGCCUUUCGCAUGAUGAAUUCUGCAUGUGAGUUAAAUAAGCAGGGAGACAAUAUACAGCCUUGUUGUACUCCUUUCCCAAUUUUGAACCAAUCAGUUGUUCCAUAUCCAGUUCUAACUGUAGCUUCUUGUCCCACAUAGAGAUUUCUCAGGAGACAAGGCAGUAGAACCAAGCAAUAGCGGAUCAGAGUGGAAAUGCCCAAAACUUAUCUUAUAUCUCCCCUUUUUUAAAAAAGAUAUUGGGGAGGGGGCGCGGAGAGCCUUCUGAUCCCUGCUAAAAUCCUCCUUAGCAGAACUGUGGAAGGCGCGCAGAAGCCCUUUCGCCCUCUUUCCACAGACCCAUCAGAUUGUAGAGUGGGAAGAAAGGGCUCCAUGGGUCAUCUAGUCCAACCCCCUGCAAAACAGGAGUUCCUUCAUCCGGUCAAGGUGGUGGGGGUUGGAUUGGAGCCCCCAUGCCUCCCGGCCAAAGACCAACAGGGGACGGGGCCGUCUUCCUUCCUAGUCUUGUUAGGACCCACUCUGUCCCUGCGCCUCUUCCAUCCUCCGGCCUCCCGGCUUUGGUUCAGCUCCGGGAUGGCGUCUUCUCUGCCUGGGCUGGACUUCCUUUUUCUCCUUCGCUCCAAAGCAGAAGGGAAAAUGUACCAAUCUCUAUUAUUGUAUUUUAGUGUUUUGUUGGAAGCCGCCCAGAGUGGUUGGGGAAACCCAGCCAGAUGGGCGGGGUAUAAAUUAUUAUUAUUAUUAUUAUUAUUAUUAUUAUUAUUAUUAUUAUAGUUCUGGGUCAUCCAGUGCAUCUGCUGGGUCCAGGAACAGGCACAUUUAGCAUUUCUCCCCAGGGCUAGGAAUAGAUGUGUGGAACUCCCUGCCACAAGAUGUGGUCAGGCGAAGGUCACUGGCUUAGGUAUACACACACACACAUACAUAUAUAUAUAUAUACACGAGUAUUUAUAUCCCACCCUCCUAUUGUAAAAGCUAUGUUCAUCGUUGGGGGGGGUGUUAUUAUAACAUUAAAAAUAACUAAGAAGGGAUACAUUCAAUUACAGUAUUCUUUGCUUCACAGAAUGCGUUGACAGUUGCUUUUGGGGGCUGAAUUAAUCAAAUGGGCAAAUAAUACAUUUAUGGAUGGUUCACACAGCAGGGGCCAGCCACCCAGCUAGGAAAGUCUCUUUCUGAUAGGAUUGCUCUGAUCACACUAACAGGUGGGUUGAGCUAAACUCCCCACCCUUCUUUUUAAAGGACGUGUUAUAAUCUGUUCUCGAACCAAGCCAUGUCUGGGUACAAUUACCGCUUUUCAGCUUACAAGGAAAAUAACAUUCAAAGCGAUAGCAUCUCUUCAUUUUCUUUUUAUAGAGCCCAGGGGUGUAAAUAGAAGCAGAAGAGAAAGUGAUUCAGCCGUCAAGAUGGAAAACACCCACGAUAUUCUGGAGAAGUACCUGACAGUCUCCUCCACAUUUGGGCUUAAUUGAACCAUAAAAUCAUAGAAUUGUAGAGUUGGAAAGUAACCCAGGGGUCAUGCAGUCCAAAGCCCUGCGAUGCAGGAAUCUCAGCUAAGCAUCCAUGACUGCAACUAUCUCCAGGGCCUGUGAAAGUAUAUUUGUUCUUUUAAUUGCCCUCGUUUCUGUACCAGUGGGAGGGGGCAACAGGCAGGAUUUCGGCAGCCUAUCCCCAUCACUUCAUAUAUUUGGGGAAGCUGCCCCUGUUGAAUAUCGGCUUGCCUGCAUUGUGCUUUAUGCACUCCUCCCCAAAUUCGCUGCCCUGUGAGGUGAGGGGGCAGUGCCUCAGAUGCUCUCUCCCUUCAGGCACUUAGUUUUCAAAAACGAAGAGGCGACUUGCAUAGGGGGGGAAAUAGAAUGGCAGAGUUGAAAGGGACACCGACGCUCAUCUAGUCUGACCCCCUGCAGUGCAGGAAGCACAGCCAAGGCCUUCAAUACUGGUCAUGUGCUGGAAGAAGAGGGUGUGCAGGAGAGGAGUCCCAGGUUGUGGCUACUCUCUGUCAAUCUGCACAUGUUCAGAGACACUCAUUUCUGAGCACAAGAGUUCUCCCAGCACUGGCAGUCUAGGAGAGGUUUCCAGAGGUCUGUAUCAGGACACCUGCGUUGCAUACAGAAGAUGCCCAAGCCAAGUUAAAAGGAUCUGGGAGCGAGUGAGCAGGGUAUCUGCCUGGGCUCCAGAGGAGCUGCUGCUGGUCUGAGCAAGCUGCACUGGGCUAAGGAACAAACAGGCCGAGGCACUAUAAAGCACCACACUAUAUGCACCCCCAAGGCCUGGUUGAAGAGGCACGUUUUCAUCUGGAGCCUAAAGGAGUGUAAUGAAGGCGCCAGCCAAACCUCCCCGGGGAGAGCAUUCCAAAGACAGGGAGCCACUGCAGAGAAGGCCCUGUUCUUGUGUUGCCACCCUCCGAGGGCGACAGAAGAUAGAAUCAUAGAAUCCUAGAGUUGGAAGAGACCACAAGGGCCAUCGAGUCCAACCCCCUGCCAAGCAGGAAACACCAUCAGAGCACUCCUGACAUAUGGUUGUCAAGCCUCUGCUUAAAGACCUCCAAAGAAGGAGACUCCACCACACUCCUUGGCAGCAAAUUCCACUGUCAAACAGCUCUUACUGUCAGGAAGUUCUUCCUAAUGUUUAGGUGGAAUCUUCUUUCUUGUAGUUUGGAUCCAUUGCUCCGUGUCUGCUUCUCUGGAGCAGCAGAAAACAACCUUUCUCCCUCCUCUAUGUGACAUCCUUUUAUAUAUUUGAACAUGGCUAUCAUAUCACCCCUUAACCUCCUCUUCUCCAGGCUAAACAUGCCCAGCUCCCUUAGCCGUUCCUCAUAAGGCAUUGUUUCCAGGCCUUUGACCAUUUUGGUUGCCCUCCUCUGGACACGUUCCAGUUUGUCAGUGUCCUUCUUGAACUGUGGUGCCCAGAACUGGACACAGUACUCCAGGUGAGGUCUGACCAGAGCAGAAUACAGUGGCACUAUUACUUCCCUUGAUCUAGAUGCUAUACUCCUAUUGAUGCAGCCCAGAAUUGCAUUGGCUUUUUUAGCUGCCGCGUCACACUGUUGGCUCAUGUCAAGUUUGUCAAGCCGCUGUUGGCUCACGUCAAGUUUGUCAUCAUGUCAAGAUGAUCUUGGGGUCUGGGUAUGGAGAGAAGCGGUCCUUGAGGAAUUGUGGUUGUGAGUCCUUCAAGGCUUUAUAAGUCAAAAACAGCAUUUUGAAUUGGGCCGGGAAACUAACUGGCUUGAUUAAGACCAUGGGUAGGCAAACUAAGGCCCGGGGACUGGAUCCAGCCCAAUCGCCUUUUAAAUCUGGCCCGCGGACAGUCCGGGAAUUAGCGUGUGUUUACAUGAGUAGAAUGUGUCUUUUUAUUUAAAAUGCAUCUCUGGGUUAUUUGUGGGGCAUGGGAAUUCAUUCAUCUCCCCCCCAAAAAAAUAUAGUCCGGCCCCCCAGAAGGUCUGAGGGACAGCUGCCUGCUGAAAACGUUUGCUGACCACUGAUUAAGACUAUGCUUUUUCCGUUUUAGGGUCCCAGUUUAUACAGACACAAGCUGCCACCUGGGUUAUCCCUCAGUUACCAGGUCUUUCAGACAACAUAUGUAUGGUGUAUAUAUCCUGGAAGUCACCCUGUAAGGUAGACUGAACUGGGCCCUAUUGCUGCGCAACUCAAUACGCUUAACAGACCUUUUUCCUUUUUUGAAAUAAAAAAGGGGGUCACGUGAAGGGAAGUUUUCUUUCUGCAGUUCUCUUACUGCACAUAACUGUGGCAUUGUGGGAAGUCUUGCUAUGAAGUCUUGCUAUGAGAACUAUUGCUUCUUUUCUCUUGCAUUCUGGGAAGUCUCGCUCAUAAUCUUUUCUCUGCUUCUGCACAUGAGUCUGAGAAUGUUCUGAACAGUUCCCAUUGAGUUCAUGAAACAGUGUAUCCUGACCUGUUCUUAAUGCAUUGCUGACCACAUCUACGGAACGUGAUUGUUGUAGUCUUUCAUGUUAUGUUCUCUCAAUAUUAAUCUCUAGUUAUAAUUUAAUUAGGAGGUUUCAUGCCUGUCUAGUUCCAGCUCCAUUUCUCAUCCUUUGAUCUAUCAGUAAUAAAUGGUUGUAUCUAAUUCCCGCCUUGUACCUAUGUUAACCAAUCAGCAACAAGAUGCUUUGUGUUUGUAUCAACCAAUCAGCCACAAGCACACCUGUGGCAAUGUUUGUAAUAUUCAAUAAAAGAGAGUUCCCGGGGCUCGCCCCGGCAGACGCCUCUCAUAUGACACUUACCACUCGUCUGUCGUGAUUUCAACCCAACAGUCACGGACACGACUAAGCGACUAAACAACAACACUGCCUUGUUUUAAUGCUCUCCUUAGUUUGGAGCGAAUGGAUAUUUUAAUGGUGCGGGCGGCUUCCAAAGUUUGCAUUCUCCCCCGCCCGCCGCCGCCGCCGCUUUUUCCCCAGCGCGUGGCGCACGAGGAAGCUUCACCGGUUGAAUUCCUGCCUGCCGCUUGGCGUUCCAAGGCCCGUGAUCGGAAAUGACGGGCGCGGCGAAUGCCAAUCAACCUCCCUUUCGCCAAUCCCCGCCAGCUUUGCUCUUGCGCGCGAAGGGCCGCCCCUUUCUCUUCCCCGGCAGCUGAUUGGCUUAUCCUGUCUACACGGGAACCAGGUCCGGCCGGCUUCGCUUCCUUUCUACUGCUCUUCCUUCCAGGCGCGGUUUGUUUUUGCGGAAGGAGCGGUCCCUGGGCGCGCAAAGGGAGAGCGCUGCCUGCUCCUCUGCGUGCAAAGAGCCUGCGAUGGAAAAGGUAGAGAAACCUGGUUUCUGCAAGAAAACAAACAAGCAGGCACCACUUUGCUUCUGGGCGGGUGGGAGAACCAAGCUUGAUUUUGUUGUCUGUACUCCAGUUCACUCUUAAUUAUCACAGGAAGAAAGCAGCCUCAGGUUUUUUUUCCUUUCCAGGGUAACACCACUCCCGGGAAGAUGGAGGAGAAGAACAGGCCUCCGUCCCAGGGUAUUUUAGUUUAAAACGUCUUCAACUUUUAUUUCCGAAACUUGACCGCAGUGAGAGACCAGACAUGGGGCUUGUUAAAAGCAAGAGCACUUCCACAGACGGAAUGGAAAUCCAGUGCCUGGUGGAUUUGAACCCGUUGCCUGAGGAACUGCUGGAGCUGAUCCUGAGCUGGGUGCCUGCGCAGACACUGGUGACCCGCUGCCGCCUGGUGUGCUGCAGGUGGAGGGACCUAAUUGACAGGCCCACUGUCUGGAAACUUCAGUGGGAGAGAGACCCGCGCAUGCACGAUGCCAUUGAAGCUGCCCACCGAUGCCCCCGAAUGGACUGCCGCCGAGUGGGGGUCCUGCGGCCCUUUGGGAGGAACCUGAUCAAGAAUCCCUGUGGGACAGGUGAGGGAGCUGUGCAGGUGAGGGGUCAGGCAGGUGGGUCCCAGGGAGUCUAAUGUCCCUUCAAAUGCCUGCACUCUAAUCAGAGACACUGUUGGGAUUGUGGUGUGAGGAAACGUACUCUGCGCAUUCCCAGAGGCAAUUCUCAACGCUUUCCGAAGCAGGAGCUAAAAACAGCUAUUAGCCGUGAUGUCCACAUCCUGUCCUCCCCAGCAGAAGCAUUGUGGCUCUGAGUACUGGUGGUGUAUUGUACUCAUGGUUGCUGGAUUAGAUGGGCCUUGGGCCUGAUCCAGCGGCCAGGCUCUUAUUACAUUCCUAUGUCAACUUGGAAUCACAUUUACUUUUUACCCCAAACUUUCUAGGCACAAUUCUGCGCUUUCCUGCUUUGUGUCCGAGCUGUUCUGUUUGUUGGUUUUGCACUACUACCUUCCCCAGGAAGAGGCGCUCUUUAAUAAUAAUAAUAAUAAUAAUUUUUAUUUAUAUCCCGCCCUCCCCAGCCGAAGCCGGGCUCAGGGCGGCUAACAACAAUCAAAUAAUACAACAUUCUAAAAUCAUUUCAUUAAAAUUAAUUCAACUCAAAUUGAUGGCAACCAUUAGGCUAAAGUUCUGUGCAGAUUGCCAGAGGAGGGAGUCAGGCUGUGCCCUGACCAAAGGCCUGGUGGAACAGCUCUGUCUUGCAGGCCCUGCGGAAAGAUGUCAAGUCCCGCAGGGCCCUAGACUCUUGUGACAGAACGUUCCACCAGAUUGGAGCCGCAGCCGAGAAAGCCCUGGCUCUAGUUGAGGCCAGCCUAAUCUCCCUGUGGCCCGGGACCUUCAGGAUGUUUUUGUUUGAAGACCGUAAGUUCCUCUGUGGGACAUACCAGGAGAGGCGGUCCUGUAGGUACAUGGGUCCUAGGCCGUAUAGGGCUUUAAAAGUUAACACAGCACCUUAAACCUGAUCCUGUACCCCACUGGGAGCCAGUGCAGCUGGUAUAGCACUGGGUGAAUGUGAUCUUGUAGCGAGGACCCCAUAAGGAGUCUCGCCACGGCAUUCUGCACCCGCUGGAGUUUCUGGGUCAGUCUCAAGGGCAGCCCCACGUAGAGCGAGUUACAAUAAUCCAGUCUGCAUUCCUAUGACACCCAUUCCUACACUACAUUCCUAUGUCAACUUGGGGCUCAUUCACAUUUACUUUUUACCCCAAGCUUUCUAGGCACAAUUCUGCGUUUUCCCGGUUUGUGUCCGAGCUGUUCUGUUUGUUGGUUUUGCACUACUACCUUCCCCAGGAAGGUCCGCUCUUUAAUGCUGAAUCGGAACAAACGGCGGUUCAGGUCUUCCACGGACUGCCGAGAAUGUUUCUUUGUGGGGAAAGCAGCAGGGGGAGGAAACAAAAACGGACAGCAUCCAGGAAAGAAUGGACCUAGAAAGUGCAGAGGCAAUUAGUGUGCAUGAGCCCUCGCACUUUGCAUCCGAAAACGACAUCUCCACUGAUACCCGUUAUUGUGCCCACAGAACAGUUUCAACACUGGGUGAUCCAGCAUGGAGGGAAUGGGUGGAGAGUGGAAGAGAACAGACAGCAUGUGGAAGGCGCAGAGGCCCAGACUUGCUUUGCCUCAUCAUACGUGUGAGUCAAAUGUGGGAGACGUCACAAUCCCAUUGUUUUUGGCAGCUCCAUUUCCCUGUGGCCUGGGACAUCCUUUUUAACUGCAGCUGGUGGCACAGAUUCUUCUCUCUGAGUUGCCACUUUUCCUUGCUAUUCCUUGACAGGUCACAAACUCUUAGCUGCUUUGUGUUUCUGUAAUGACGCUGUCUUUCUGGAAGAUGCAAGGAGCCCAAUGCGCUGUAAACAUAGCAUUAAUGUCUUUGUUGUCCCUCACCCUGCCCAGGUGGUGUGUAAAAUCACAGCUGAUUGAUUUGCUGAAAGAAGGUUUUCCAGAGGAGCUCAUGGACACCUGCCAACCUGAUGUUAUUAUCUGUGACUGGUGAGCUCUACUCUUCUUUUGAUCUCCUGAGAAUUAGCCUAAAUAAUAAUAAUAAUAAUAAUAAUAAUAAUAAUAAUAAUAAUUUAUUAUUUAUACCCCGCCCAUCUGGGUGGCUUCCAACCAUAUAUUAAAAUACUGUAAUGCAUCAAACAUUAAAAGCUUCCCUAAACAGGGCUGCCUUCAGAUGUCUUCUAAAAGUUUGGUAGUUAUUUUUCUCUUUGACAUCCGGUGUGAGGGCAUUCCACAGGGCGGGCGCCACUACUGAGAAGGCCCUCUGCCUGGUUCCCUGUAACUUGGCUUCUUGCAGUGAGGGAACCGCCAGAAGGCCCUCAGAGCUGGACCUCAGUGUCUGCGUAGAACGAUGGGGGUGGAGACGCUCCUUCAGGUAUGCUCCAUUCCUUUCGCUGCCUUGGCUGUACUCCAUCCUCUCCGCCAUCCCUUUCAGGUGGGGUGCCCGGGAAGACUGCGGCUGCAGAUACAAAAUCCGUGUGGAGCUCCUGGCAGCGGAUUGGUCAGUAAUUGCCGAAUUCAACGCUAAUCCGGAACCCAUUCCACAGUGGAACAACGCCCAGUAUCAAAAGGUGUUAUUUGAUAUCCAAGGCCUGUUUUCCUUCCUUUUGGGAUUAAAGAUCAUAGGUGCCUAAAGGCUGCGUGGGAAUUGUACCGAUCCAAACGCAGAUGCAAAGCCAAAACCUGGGGGGCGGAGGCGGAGUUAUUGGUGCACUAAAGUGGCAUAGCAGUCAAAACAGCAAAAGUCUAAAUACAAGUGUCAGGUAAAAUUACUUUGGAGCUAGUUAUAAUAAAGUCAGAGCAUUCAGUUAAAACUGGGUGAUCCAACGAUUGCUCCUUAAAACAGACUUAUUCUGAAUUCCGGCUCCAUUCAUUGCCAGGUUUACCACUCUCCCCGAAGUGUGGCUGCUUUCUAGGGCACAGGGAACAAACCCAUGAUCUUGGUGUUAUUAUCUUGUUAUUUUAAAUGGGAGCAUUGAAGGGGACAGAACGGGCAAAUUCACAUCCCUUUCAGGAACGGGAGACUCCACCAUUGAUUGCUUUGCAGCCUCGCAUAGCCUGUUAAACGCUAUAACCAUCUGCAAGGCGAUAAAACGCCUCAAGAGUGUCCACGUACCCUUAGUUUUAACACUAAACCUUAGCACUCAGAUCGCUCGUACAGAGUGUACAUGGAUGCUGAACAGAAGUAAAAUGGACAAGUAAAUUACUACAGUGGUACCUCAGGUUAAGUACUUAAUUCGUUCCGGAGGUCUGUUCUUAACCUGAAGCACAACUUUAGCUAAUGGGGCCUCCUGCUAGCGCCGCGCCGCCGGAGCACGAUUUCUGUUCUCAUCCUGAAGCAAAGUUCUUAACCUGAAGCACUAUUUCUGGGUUAGCAGAGUCUGUAAUCUGAAGCGUAUGUAACCUGAAGCGUAUGUAACCCAAGCUACCACUGUACAUCAAAACAUAAGGGCGAUCAUGUACGCCAAAGGUAGCCUUCUGUAUCGCGAAGCACUCUUACCUGCAAAGACACCAACAAUAGUUUUUACUAUUUAAUCCUGCUCUUGCAAAACUGUUUGAAAUCCAAGGCUUCAUCCAAACUACCUGUUAAACCGUCCAGGCACUGGUGUGACCUUGCAUGUAUCGCUAUGAAAAAAAUCUCUUUAACAGAGGAAGACUGGCUGUACGGAGAGCAACAUUGGCCAACGUUGCCUCGGGAGGAAGCGCUGCAAGGCUUUAAUUAAAGAAAAAAAGAUGCAGGACGCAAGAAACCCGUGGCAAGCUUUCUAAGGUGUUCUGCUUUCCAAGGGUGCUUCUCCUUGACUUUUUGCUCUUCUCUCUGCCUCUGUAGGUGUCCCACGUGUUCAGGAGUUACGGCCCUGGCGUUCGCUACAUCCAGCUCUGGCACAAAGGGGUGGACACACAAUUCUGGGAAGGGCAUUACGGGGCUCGCAUCACAAACUCUACGGUGCUGGUAAAACUCUCGCCGGAGCCCCUGCGGUCUCCCACCAGGGUGUUUUUCUCGCUGCCGCCAAAACAUAUUCCACCCAGAUCACGUUCUUCCAGGUGGAGAAAAAUCUUGAAGUGAUGAGAGGACGUUGUUGAUGGCUUGCAAGGAGGAGUUUUGAGACAUAGGAACCUAAACAUUUUUAAUAUAUAUAUAUAUAUAGAAUUAAAGAAACCCCUUGGGUCCCCUUUACUGUGAAAUCAAAUAAUCCUUGUUUAACCAAUGUUCUGGGGGUUUUUUUGCACUCUGAAAAUAACUUAAGUUCACAAGAGACCUUGAGAAAAGGCUGUUUUUUAAAAUGUUUUAUAUUCUAUUUUUUUGUUUUCUAUUCUUUUUUCAAUUUACUAUAAUAAUCUCUCUCUCUCUCUCACUCACUCACUCAAUAAAUAAAUAUUAAAAAGAUUUGGCUGGUUCUUUGAAACACUGUGAAUAUUCCGCUUGCAGCAACCAGCACCUUCCAGGUUCUUGGCCCAACCGCUCUCUCUCUUAAGACAACCAUGCUAGUCUUAAAAUAUUAAAAUGUUUGUUCUUUGGGCACCCAGCCAAGCAGAUCACUAAUGGAAGAAAAAUGGAAAUUGCCCGUUGACCGCAAACUUCUGUAGGAAGAGAUGGCUGGAGGACACUGCGCAUGGGAUAUCUUCUCCCUCACCAGACCAGAUGGGCCUUUCAAAGUCUUCUGCCUCCACUUCUGGGGCAGGAUCCAUCCAAGAUCUAACUAGGGACCAUGCCUGAGACAUAGUACGGUGACCGUACCCAAUAACAAAAAAAAAUUACAGUAAACCACAACAGACAACCAGGACAAUUAUCAUCCAUGAAUCCACACUCUGUAAGACUUGAGUGAAUGCAAAGGGGAGGAAAGAAGUUGGCGAAUGUCCUCGGCUAGGGGUUGCCAUAUUUCGAAGAGCAGAAAAUUAGGACACAUUUGCCGACUUCUAGUUUUAACUGUGGAUCCCUAUGACGAGACUGCUCAUGAAAAAAAGGACAUGCCUUGGAAACAGGACAAUAUGGCAACCAUCCAGCCUCCAGCCCACAGAAAUUCCUUGUCAGGAGUGCAUGCAGGAGCCAGGUCCUGUGGCCAGUAGGACUUCGCAGGACAGGGACCUUCCUAAGUUUGUUUUGGAGAGGCAAGACGAGGCCGCACAGGUGAGGCCGAUUGAUAACUUGCUGCACCUGGUGGCAAGAGCCGGGAAGGGAUGUAAGGUCAGCAUUUCCCUUUGGCUCUUUGCCACAGCAACAUGUUCCCUGCCUUGCUGUGUUUGGCUUCUUGCUUCCUGAUCCUCGGACCCUUGACUUCGUGACUCCCUGCUUCCUGAUCCUCGGACCCUUGACUUCGUGACUCCUUCCUUCUUGUUCCCAGACCCUUGACUUCGUGACUCCUUGCUUCCUGACCCUCGGACUCUUGGCUUCCUGACUCCUGGCUUCUGGACCCCCGUUCCUGCUCCCACCCCGCCAUCUUGCCCCCGGUCCCGACGUCCUCAGCCAAGACUUUGACUGCCCGUAAACCGGACCGUGACAUUCCUCCUAAUUUUCACUUUUGCCAGAGUGGACCAGAGGACGUUUAUUGAACAGGAUGUGGCAGAGAGAAAUAUCCCCUAAGGAUGGGGUGGGAUUCCUCAGUUUCAAAAAAAGAUUAUGAACAACCCUAGGGGGCGAAAUGGAGGAAGGAGAUGGGUUAAAUACAUAAAAUUAAAUAUUAAUUUUGCUGCAUGCAGUGCACUUAAAGAAAAUGUUAUGAAAAUGAUGUACAGAUGGUACCUAACACCAGCUAAACUUGCUAAAAUGUGCAAGACAAGAACCAAUGAGUGCUGGAAAUGUAAAGAAAGGGGAGGUAUCUUCUACCACAUGUGGUGGACUUGCAAAGAGGUAAAGGCUUUCUGGGAAAUGGUAUAUAAUGAGUUAAAGAAAAUGUUUAAAAAAUACUUUCGUUAAAAAACCAGAAGCCUUUUUACUGGGUAUAGUGGGUGAAGAGAUACCAAGGGAAGAUAAAAGACUGUUUAUGUAUGCAACAACGGCAAGAACUCUUUUAGCUCAAAAAUGGAAACGAAGAAGUACCAACAAAAGAAGAGUGGCAGAUGGAAGAUGUUGGACUUUGCAGAACUGGCGAAGCUGUCGGGCGACAUCUGAAACCAGCAUGAUCAAGUAUUCCAAAAGGACUGGAGUAAAUUUAUACGAUAUCUGACAGAUUAUCGUAAGCGAUAAACAUCCCUAGCAGGGUUGUCCGAUGACUUGUAAUGAGAAGUUUUCUUGACUUGUCAUGAGAAGUUUUCUACCUUUCUAGAUUUAUCUAAAUUUUGAGCUAUUUUUGUAAUGAGUGCAAGUGGAAUUGGAAAACGUACAAAAUGCAAUGAUAUAAAGGUUAAUUUGGAAAGCCCUGAGGCGGGAGGGAAGUCGAUAAGCUCUAAAGCUGUAUUUUAAUAUUUUGUUGGAAGCCGCCCAGAGUGGCUGGGGAAGCCCAGCCAGAUGGGCAGGGUAUAAAUAAUAAAUUAUUAUUAAAUUAUUAUUAUUACAGUAUAAAGAGCCAGGGAGGUAAAGUGGAUAAUAAUGAUGUGAAUGUAUAUUAUUAAAUGGAAAAUAAAUAAAUAAAAUUAUAUAUACACACACAUACACACCGUAUUUUUCCAUGUAUAAGACCAGGGGUUUUUUUUUACCAAAAAAUUAGGUUUAAAAUUGGGGCUCAUCUUAUACACGGGUAGUGCUGAGGGGUGUUUUCUUAAUUUGGAGUCCCCAAAAAUGGGGAGAGCGUCAUACAUGGGGGGUAUCUUAUGCACUGAAAAAUAUGGGG